UCAGCCAGUGCAAAGGAAAGGAGAGGACACAUUUAAAGACCUUUUUUCCCCACUUCAACCACAGACUGUCGGUCUGAAACGGGCAGCAGGAAGAGACAAGAGACAGGAGUUAAAGCGCGAGCCAUCCUGCCGUGCUACUAUAAGAGGAUUGCUGUAUCCCAAUACCCGCAACGCCGCGUGAAGUGUGUUUAGACGGGGAAAAUGUCAUUGUCGGGGAAGGAAAACAACACUACCCCUCAUGCCAAUUACGUGGGACCAUACCGCUUAGAAAAGACCCUUGGGAAGGGACAGACAGGUCUUGUAAAGCUCGGGGUCCAUUGUGUCACAUGUCAAAAAGUCGCCAUAAAGAUUGUAAACCGAGAAAAGCUCAGUGAAGCCGUGCUAAUGAAGGUGGAACGAGAGAUCGCCAUCCUGAAGCUAAUCGAACACCCGCACGUUUUAAAGUUACAUGAUGUCUAUGAAAAUAAGAAAUAUUUGUAUUUGGUUUUAGAGCAUGUUUCAGGUGGAGAGCUGUUUGACUAUCUGGUAAAGAAGGGCAGGUUAACACCCAAAGAAGCUCGAAAGUUCUUCAGACAGAUAAUCUCAGCUCUGGACUUCUGCCACAGUCACUCUAUAUGUCACAGGGACCUGAAGCCAGAGAACCUGUUGCUGGAUGAGAAGAAUAACAUCAGGAUAGCAGACUUUGGUAUGGCGUCCCUGCAGGUGGGAGACAGUCUGCUGGAGACGAGCUGUGGUUCUCCUCAUUACGCGUGUCCUGAAGUCAUCAGAGGAGAGAAGUAUGAUGGAAGGAAAGCAGAUGUUUGGAGCUGUGGGGUCAUUCUGUUUGCUCUGUUAGUGGGAGCUCUGCCAUUUGACGAUGAUAAUUUACGAAACUUGUUAGAAAAAGUGAAGCUGGGUGUGUUUCACAUGCCUCAUUUCAUCCCACUGGACUGCCAGAACCUUCUACGAGGAAUGAUCGAGGUAGAUGCUGGCAAACGGUUAACGUUGGAGGUGAUCCAGAAGCACACAUGGUACAUAGGAGGGAAGAAUGAACCGGAACCAGAGCAGCCGGUGCCCAGGAAGGUGGCGAUCCGCAGUAUCCUGUCAGCCGACGACAUCGACCCAGAUGUUCUGGAGAGCAUGAACUCGCUAGGGUGCUUCCGUGACAAGAACAAACUGAUGAAGGACUUGUUAUCAGACAAUGAAAAUCAGGAGAAGAUGAUCUAUUUUCUUCUGUUGGAUCGUAAGGAGAGAUACCCCAGCCAUGAAGACCAAAAUCUUCCUCCUCGCAAUGACAUUGAUCCUCCACGGAAGCGUGUAGACUCGCCCAUGUUGAACAGGCAUGCCAAGAGGAGGCCGGAGCGGAAGUCUAUGGAGGUGUUGAGUGUGACAGACGGAGGUUCUCCUGUACCGGCACGAAGAGCCAUUGACAUGACACAACACGGGCAGAGUAAAAGUGUGUUCAGUAAGAGCUUGGAUAUCUCCGACGGCAACUCCAAAGCAAAGAGCAAAGAGGAAAGGUCACGGUCCAUCAGCGGCGCGUCCUCUGGUCUCUCUACCAGCCCUCUCAACAGCCCACGGCCCGUCCGAAAGUUCUGUGUUCCUCCUCCGUCCACAAAGCUGCUCUUGUCACCCAGUUCUAGUAUAUCCGACUCCCUAAAACCAAACUCAAAUCAAAGCGGGUCAAGAACCUCAACUCCUAACUCCCUAACACCAAACUCCAUAUCGGAGUCUAUUUUGCCUUGUCCGAAGACCCAGACUCUACCUGCCAAUCCCAAAGAUAAACCCUUACAAUCCACACGAUCCAACCCCUUACCCGAAACCGAGCCUGAACAGAUUUCAACGGCCAAGUCGGAGCCCUCUACUCCAUGUCAGCCUCAACAACCCUGUAUACCCGGCAGCCCACUUGUGCGGCGGGCAACCCCUCCCAGCAGCAACCCCCCUCAGCUUUUGGUCCCCAUCAGUCCUGUUGUUCCUCUUUACCCCAUUCAUCUACACCACUUUCACCCUGUGCCUGGCUCUGACCAAGCCCCCAAAUCUAUCCCCACCAUACAGGUGACCCCACACCCCUCUCCAAGAGGCAGCCCUAUCCCUACCCCUAAAGGAACGCCCGUGCAUACGCCUAAGGACAGCCCGGCUGGGACGCCCACGUCGACGCCACCCCCCAGCCCCUCCAUUGGGGGAAUGCCCUGGAAAACACGCCUCAAUUCCAUCAAGAACAGCUUCCUGGGCUCGCCACGCUUUCACCGCAGGAAACUGCAAGUUCCCACUCAAGAGGAGAUGUCCAGCCUCACACCAGAGUCUUCCCCAGAACUUGCCAAAAAAUCUUGGUUUGGUAACUUCAUCAACUUGGAAAAAGAGGAACAGAUCUUCAUCGUUAUUAAGGACAAACCGCUGAGCUCAAUAAAAGCUGACAUCGUCCACGCCUUUCUCUCGAUACCCAGCCUCAGUCACAGCGUUGUCUCCCAGACAAGUUUUCGAGCUGAGUACAAAUCCACCGCCGGUCCUACAGUCUUCCAAAAGCCCGUCAAGUUCCAGGUAGACAUCACGUACACUGAGAGCACCGCAGCCACCAAGGAUAACGGGAUUUAUUCAGUCACCUUCACUCUGCUCUCAGGUCCAAGCCGUCGUUUUAAACGUGUGGUAGAGACGAUUCAGGCACAGUUGUUAAGCACACAUGACCAGCCAGGGGUCCAACAGCUGUCUGGCAGCCCAUUGAGUAACUUCUUUGACGUAAUUAAACAACUUUUUUCAGACGAGAAGAAUGGCCAGGUGCCUGUUCCACCUGGCACGCCCAACAGACACCCACCAAACGCUCAUGGCCAUGAUCCUCAGCCUAGUAACUCUAAAUGCCCAGCGGGCAACCCCAGGGACAAUGCCAAGCUGGUGGUUGGGAUACAGGAGAAGCCCUAAAACCAAUCAAAUCAAGCUUUUUCAAACACACUUACCUACAAGCACUCAAAAAUUUACAGAAUCUUAGACAUGAUGGACUUUAUACUUGGACAAACUUUUGUACAAUGGAAUGACUGUAUAAAGAAUGUAUACACAUUCAGACACAUUUCCCUAUCACCUUCUUUGCCACUGCGUUGUGCCCUUUUCCAUAUCCCUGUUGUUUCUACCCCAGAUAUUUACAUCUCUUAACAUUUUUAGUCCUCGCCUUUUCCUGACCUUUGUGACG